AUGGACGAUGCGAAGACGAUAUUCAUCGUGACCGGGUUCGACGCGAGCGAACAGGUGCGCGGCGGCCUGGAGCCGACGAGGCGCGAAAUCGUGGCACCGGUGCCGACAACUCCCGCCCAGAUCUCUCUCCUCUCUCUCUCUCCCGCCUCCCCUCCCCCUCACCGCGAACCCCGAUUCCCCCGACCAUCGCAGCGCGAGAUCUCGACCUUGGCGGAGAUCGUCGACGCGGUCGUGGACAACGAGUUCACCGCGGAGCGGCCGUUCGAUUACUGCGUCGCGAAGACGACGGCGUCGCGAAAGUACGAGCUCGCGAGGACGCUGGGCAAACCGAUCGUGACGAUGGCCUGGCUCCGCGACAGCGCGUCCAGCGGCGCGCUGCUCCCGACGGACGACCCGGCGACGUCGAGAGCGUACCGACCCGCCGCGUUCCUCGGCUUGAACGUGUGCGUCACGGGGUACACGCAAGACCAGCGCGCGGACUUGGAGGCGAAAGUCGUCGCGAACGGCGGCGCGUACUGCCCGGAUCUCGUGAGGGACGCGUGCACGCACCUGGUCGCGUCGUCGACGACGAGCGCGAAGUUCAAGCACGCGAGCAAGUGGCCCGGAGUGUGCGUCGUGAAGAGAGAGUGGGUGGACGCGUCCAUACGCGACGGACGCAGAGCGGACGAGAGCUUGUUCGUCGUCAGGAAAGAGACGGAGGCGGAAGCCGCGCUCGCGGCGCUCAAACGCGAACGCGAGGAGGACGCCGCGACGCCGUGGGACGCGUGCUACCUCCUCGGAUGCAGGGUGUGUCUGUACGACCUCGGCGCGCCGAAGACGUCCGAACCCGCGAAGAGGGCCGCGCGGCUGCUCCGACGAGGCGCGGGCGCGGUGACGACGAACCCGGCGAAGGCGACGCACGUCGUCGUCUCCAAGUCCGCCGCGGUGGGGUCCCUGAAAGCGAUCAAGGAACACCGGGAUAAGGUCGUGUACACGUCGUGGUUGGAAGCGUGCGACGUCGAGAUGGACGUCGUGGACAUGGACGAGCACUUGGUUCACGCGGAGAUGUUCAGCGGGGGUGGGAACGCGGCGGCGCGGCCGAUCGCCGCCGCCGCGGUCGGGGAGAGAUUCAACCUCAGUCAAGAGGCGGCGUCGCAGGGAAUGUCGAAAGGGAAAUCGAAACCCCGCGCGAGACCGGCCGCGGAACAGGAGGAACCGCGCCGGAGGGAAGGUCCCGCGUCGCCGAACCCGCUCACGCGCCAGGCGCUCGCGGCGACCGCGGCCGCGGAGGCGCAGGCGCUGUCCGAAGCCGCCGCGGCGAAGGCGACGGAAGUCGGCGAUCAAAACGUCCCGCCGAUAGAGUCGACGCGCGCGAAGGUCAACGCGAACGACGUCGGGUGCUCGUACGACCCGGCCACGGGAACGGAGCUUCCGGCGACCGCGAUCGCGAUUCCAGAGACGCGCGCGGCGGCAAAAGACGACGGCGAGGGAGAGGGAGAGGGCGGGAGCGGCGGCCCGUUCGAAGGCAUGAGCAUCGGGCUCAGCCGUCUGUUGUCCAAGGAGGAAGACGACGCCGCGCGCGAUUUCAUCGCGCACGGCGGCGGGAUCGCGGUGACGAUGCCAACGGAGAGCGACGGGCGGUGGGCGAGUUCCGCGUCGUCGACGUCGUACGUCGUCUGCCCCGCGGCGCCGACCGCGGAGGAGCGAAAGGUUUUAAACGCCGCCCCCGAGAGCGCGCGCAAACACGUCACGUGUCACUGGCUCGAGAGGUGCGUCGAGGCCGGGCUCGCGAUCCCACUCUCGGGGGACGCGGGGCUGAACCCGGCGUAUCGACCGUUACCGUGCGACGCGCCGUUGGAAUCCAUGCAGCGCUUACGCGUCAGCACGUCGCUUUACGACGAGAGCGUCAAGGAGUCUGUGCACAUGCUUUGUCGCCUGUUAGGGGCGAAGUACACGGACAACUUGCGCAGGAAUAAAAACACACAUCUCGUGGUGCCGACCGCGGAGGGGACCAAGUACGAGGCGGCGAAGAAAUGGGGUCUUCACGUCGUGACCGUGGAGUGGCUGCACGCGUGCGUGAAAGCGGGAAGGAGGGUGUCCGAGGUGGACUUCCCCCCCCCGCGCGCGCCCGACGACGACGCCGACGACGCCGGCGCGGAGCCGCCGCCGCCGCCCGCGCCAAAGUCCGCUUCGAAACCCGCGCCGCCGCCGUCGAACAGCCAAGGAGGGACGCGCGACUUGUCGAACGUGCUGCGCGCGUCGCAGCCGGCGCCGCGGCCGUCGUCCUCGGCCGUCGCGGCGCCGCGACAGACGAGCCGACCGUCGUCGCAGACGGUUUCGCGAAAGCGUCCGGUGUCACAGACGGCGGCGCGCGCUCCUCGGGACGCGCCGGCGCCGCGACACGACCUCGGCUCGGACGCGACGACGCAAGGUGGCCCGGGCGCGGAGUCUCCGAGCGAUCCCGACGGCAUCCCGCCUCCGGAGGUUGCGAUCGAACGCGCGAGGGCGUCUCACGAGAGACCCGCGACGCUGCCACCGGAUGGGAGCCAGUUCGUCGCGAACCUCAUCGACGACAUCGCGGGAGGUUUAGGGUUCGGUGGCGCGGGGGGCGAGACGCAGUACGACGCCGUCGCCAACGACGGGUUCGACGGGUUCCGCGUCCCCGAACCGGUCGCGCAGGACGGGUGUUCGACCCCGAAGACGACGCGUUGCGGGGACGCGCGCGGGGAGACGGCGAACGGCUCCGCGGGGCGCAAGAGAGCGCGCGAGGAGCAGUCCACGAGCGGCGCGACCGGCGACAGGACAGGCGGCGGCGACGGGACUGGCGGUGGCGGGAGGGGUGAUCGCGUCCCGAUGUCCCAGGCCGAGAUCGAGUCGCAGCAUCAGAUGGUCGGGUACGCCGAGGACGGGCCGCCUUCGCGCGUCGCGCGCAGGGGAGGCGGCGGCGGCGGCGGCGGCGGACGGAACGACAGCGGGCUCGUGAACUCGCUCUUAGGCCAGGGCGGGGUCGUGGGCGGAUCCGGUGGGGGCGGGAAACCGGGUGGGGGUGGCGUCGCGCGCGCCGCGGUCGUGCACGCGGAGGAUUGGGCGUGA